AUGGCUCUGUUCAUGGACUCAGACUUCUCUUUACUCAGACAGAACCAGCACAAAGACAUGGUGGAUUUUAAAGUGUUAUAUGGAGACCAGGAUCCAUGUAAAGAUGGCCGUGCUGAGAGCGCCCUGUCCUCUCCAGAGCCGGACAGAGCAGUCGGUUUGAUGGAGGGUCAGAGGAAAAGGAAGAGGACCAUCUUCAGUCGAGCCCAGCUGUCUGAGCUGGAGCAGGCCUUCGCUGUGACUCCUUACCCGGACAUCACCCUGAGGGAGAGGCUGGCCGCGCACACACACCUGCCCGAGAGCAAGAUACAGGUGUGGUUCCAAAACAGAAGAGCCAGAAGUAUCAAGACUGGAAGACUCCCCAAGUCCAACAAGCCUGCCCUGGGAGGUCGAGGUGUUGUUGAUUCCUCUCCUACUUUUCUUGCCUCAUCCAACCUGUCAGACAUAUUCAGGCCAGAGCAGAACUAUGCCAGUGAGGACGCCUCACAAAUGUAUUCCGAGUGGAUCCAGAUCUACAACAACCCGGUAUCAUCGCCACCAUCUUCCUCAUCUCUGCACCAGCAGCCCACACCGGGCUUCUCAAAACCUUCAGAGUCUCGUCUCUGGGAGGACGAGCAGCACCACCAACGGCAGCACCUUGGAUCAGCGCUCUCUGGUUUCCUUCCUGGUUCUUUCCCUCAGUCCAUCACCAGGCAACAACACCACCCAACCUCCGCCUGCUCCUACAAGGCCUUCAGGAACUUCAAGCCCCAGAAUGUGGCUCCAUCUGGGGCUCAUCAGUCCGUGUAUGGAGGCAGCUCUGCAGCUGGAGGUCACACCUCUGUAGACCAGAUAGUCCCCUCCCAUCCUCAGCCAGUGUACUGGGAGGUAACUCAGAGCCAAGGACACAAUCACCACCACCAUCACCACCACCACCCACAAAUGGGAUCACAGACCUCCAUGGGCUACAUCUCAGACCUGAUCUACAACACAGCUAUUGUCACCAACUUUCUGGAAUUUUGA